AUGUGUCCCUUUCAAGCCUUGUAUGGCUAUGCUCCUCCUCAUCUGUUUUUUCCCAUUCCUUCUUCUACAUAUGUUGCUGCUGUGGAAACCUACUUGCAGGAAAUAAAUCUUAUGUUGCAACCAUUGAAGGAAGACCUCUCCAAGGCACAGAGCAAGAUGAAAGUUUUUGCAUAUAAGAAGAGGUCUGACAGACACUUUGAAGUGGGUGACUUAGUUUUAUUGAAGCUCCAACCUUACGGGCAAACAUCAGUUGCUGUCAGAAAAAAUUUCAAGCUCUCUGCAAAAUACUUUGGCCCAUUUGAAGUCAUUCAAAAAGUUGGAGAUGUUGCCUAUAAACUCAAGCUUACCGUGGGGUCUAGGAUCCACCCAGUAUUCCAUGUAUCUCAAUUGAAAAAGAAGAUUGUCUUGCAGACUGUUUCCUCACCUCAACUUCCACUAGUGGACCAUGCAGGCCAGUUUGUCAUUGAACCAGUUGCUGUUUUGGACACUAGAACUACUGUGAGAGGAACAAUUCAAAUUCCACAUGUCUUGGUGCAGUGGUGUAAUUCAGAUCCAUCAGAUUUAACAUGGGAGGAUGCUGCACAUAUCCAAGCUCAGUUUCCAGACCUUAUCCUUGAGGACAAGGAUCUCUAA